ACAGAUACCUACAGAACCUGCUGAGGAGAUAAUCACUUUCCGAGAUAUUACCGUGAAGAGAAUCCAGUUAGCCUUGAACACAACUAGUCUACAAUUUUGGGCAAACCAUUUCAGUAAGAAUGUUGCUGCACGCGAUGUUUCUACAGUUUUUGCCUCUUUUCACCAGUGCUGCGACGAUUCUCGGCUUCUUUCCCUUUCCAGGAAGCAGCCACCAUCACCUCUUCGGUCCUCUGAUGGAACGGUUAUCAAUCCGCGGACACCAAGUCCUAUACGUCACACCAAUAAGAUGGGAGUCAAAUCAGUCCAAUCAUGUGGAGCUUAUGGUCACCAACUAUGGACCUCAAGUACUAGGAACCCUGGACUUCAUAGAACUUGGUGAGAUGAAUAUUCCCAUGCAUUCGCAGACUGUGUACAAUCAUAUUUUCGAUCUAUUGGAACAAGUUCUUCAAGAAAAGGCCAUUCAAGAUUUAAUUCAUUCCAAUGGUUCAUUUGACGCAAUUAUCAUGGAAUCGUAUUUUUUCCAGGAAGCCAAUUCAGCUCUCAUUCAUAAGUUUAACGCUGUUGGUAUUGAAUUGGUACCACUUGCUGAUUCGGCCUGGGUAAACGAACUAUCCGGUCUACCGAACAGUUGUUCAUUCAUGAUGGAUUACAAAACUUUGCUGACCGAUAGGAUGGCUAUCACUGACAAACUGUACAAUCUCUAUGCUGCUUACGCUGCUACGCUCACUAGUUACUACAACUUGAGAAGAAUGCAGGUACUGAUGGAUCGAUAUUACAAUUACACCGGAUGGGAAGAAAGGCCUCCUUUAUCAAAGCUGAUAUCCAACAGAAGUAUCAUCCUUGUCAACAAAGAUCCUCUCCUUGCUUACCCGUUCCCAACGGCUCCUCAUGUAAAAGAAAUAGCUGGCAUCCAUAUACUCCCAACAAAGCCGAUUGCAGAGGGAUUAAGAACAUACAUGGAUGAAGCAAAAAAUGGCGUGGUAUACAUGUCAUUAGGCUUGAAUCUCGCGGUAUCAGAUGUAUUGCGUGAAUCAUUCUCGACAUUUCUAUCCGUAUUCAGCAAGCUGGAACAGAGAGUAUUAAUGAAAUGGGAAGCUGACUACGAUGGAUCUCUCCCACCUAACGUCAUCAUUAUGAAGAAGUUUCCACAACAGGAUAUACUAGCUCACAAGAACUGCAUACUUUUUAUAACACAUGGUGGUUACAUGAGCCUUGUGGAAACUGUUUAUCACGGGGUGCCUAUAGUAGGGAUUCCUUUCUACGGAGAUCAACCUAAAAACAUUAUAUGGGCUCAGAAAGUCGGUAUUGGUGUUCAUCUCUCCCUAAAGAACUUGACUGAAGCUUCUAUCGAUUGGGCCAUAAAAGAAAUAUUACAGAAUAACAGUUACAGAGAAAGGAUGCUUCAGAGGUCGCGGAUGGUGAAAGAUCGGAGGCACAGCGCGUUGGACGAAGCCGUGUACUGGAUUGAACAUGCUAUUAAAUAUCCGAACGUUUUGACUCCAGCUUCGGCUUAUAUGACCUUCCUGGAACUUCAUAUGUUGGAUCUGGCGUUCAUAAUCCUAGUUCUCCUGAUAGUUACUGUCACCAUUAUACUUUCUUUGUACAAGACGUUCGCGAGGACAAGUUUCUUAAGCGAGAAGAAGAAAAUUAAAGCACAGUGAGUGAAGUCGUCUUCUGUAGAAAAUUAGGAAGUAGAUGAUGCUGAUUGACAACAUAUAUGGUAUAAAAAAAGUAUGCGAACACAAUUAGAUCAUGA